AUUUUCCCAACAUAAAAAUAUAUAUACAUACAUUUUUUCGAUUCAUCAUCUGCUCGAUUUUUUACUACAAGUUCUUCUUAAUUUCACAUUCUUUCACUUAUUAUUAUCUGAAAAGAACCAAUAAUUUAUUAUUUUUUUUGCUCGCAACAUCCAGGUUUCUAUUAGGAUUGAAACCUUGUGAUUAAUGGCUGUUGUUGUUGUUAAGCGAGUGAUUCCAUUAGUUGUUAAUUAUGGUAUUAGUUUAUCAAAAUUGCAAGGGAUUAACAAUGUAGCCAUUAACACUCCUGCAGCAGCUUCAUUGCUUGUAAAUAACCAAUGCAGGUCGAAAUCUUCUGCUCAUAAUAAAUUUGAUUAUAGGCAGAUCUCGCAGCUGGUUAAACCGGAUAGCAAACGUGCUUUUCUCGUUGAUACAUUAGCUCUGGUUCGUAGAUUGGAAGCACAAGGUGUACCUUCAAAGCAUGCAGAGGCAAUAACAGCUGCGAUCACUGAGGUUUUAAACAAUAGCUUGGAUAAUAUUGCUCAUUCUUUUGUUUCACUAGCUGAAAUGCAGAAAUGUGAUUUGGUUCAAGAAGCCAAUCUUUCCAAGUUCAAAUCCCAAGUACAAAGUUCUCAGGAAAAUCAUUUUACUCUGCUGCAACAGGAAACUGAAAAGCUUCGGAAUGAUAUUGAAAAAGUGCGUGUUGAAUUGAGGUAUGAGAUUGAUAAGCUUACUGCCGGCCAACGUUUAGAUUUAAAUCUCGAAAGAGGAAUCAUUCGCGAUGAGCUUGCCAAGCAGAAUACAGGGACCACCGACCUUACUAACAAGCUAGACCGAGAAAUCCAUACUCUGAGGGCCCAACUUGAAGCUGGGAAAUAUGAAGUCAUCAAAUAUUGUAUAGGUACCCUUGUGUCCAUAUCAGCUGUUGGCCUUGCUGUGCUUCGAUUAUAUGCUUAAACAGAAGUUCCAUAAGAUAUUUAUUGCCUCAAAAACAUAGGAACAAAUAUAGUUGUUGAUGUUAUUCUUUUGGGAGCUUAAUAUUCCAAUUGGCUUAGCAACUUUGUACAAAUGAGUAUUAUAAUUUAACAUGAUGUAUCUUAAUAGGAAAGAGUGUUCUUUUUUCUUUGUUACUUUUCUUGAAGAGACAUUAUAAAGAAAAAAAAUACUCCAUGACAGAGAGAAAAUUACAUUCAACCUUCUUUGUGGACAA